AUGCUCUUUACCCAUGCGUCGAUACGGCGGAUGGCAGCGCGUACAGCACGGGACUCAACGACGAUCAUUGCAUACACAUACCCCAUGCGUCUGUGCACAUGCAUGAUGCAUGAUGCAUCCCCCCAGCGGAUGGCAGGGUCGGAUGGCAGGGUGUACAGCAUGGGACUCAACGACCAAGGGCAGCUGGGGUUGGGUGAAUCCUGCGCUCCACCAUAUGUCACUUCGCCCAAAGAGGUUGUUGGCUUCGAUCGGCCUGUAGUGGCCGUUGCAGCUGCUGCCUUCCACUCAGCAGCCAUAGAUGAGGCCAGCCAGAUGUAUUUGUGGGGCGGCAAUGCCGCCCGCCAGCUUGGACUCGGCUCACGUGCUCCAUCCAAGGUGCAUUCACCCCGUGUGCCAGAGUCGCUGGUGGGGGUGAGCAUUCAACACAUUGCCCUUGGGAGUCAACACACCCUCGCUGUCACCGCCAACGGGCAGCUGCUCUCAUGGGGCAAGGGCCUGCUGGGCCACGGCCCCCUGCCGCUCUUCUCCCGCCUCUCCAGGAAAUCCAGUGAGUCCAUCCCUCGUCUUGUUAAGGCGAUGGCAAAUUCCAAGGUUGUUCACGUGGCAGCAGGCUUGAUGCACUCGGCAUGUGUUGACGACAGUGGCCGCCUGUUCAUGUUUGGAGGAAACAGAUUCUCCCAGCUGGGGCUGGGGGAUGAGAAGGACCGGGAGGAGCCGGUGGAGGUGACGUCGCUGCAGCAUGCUGUAACGGAUGUGGCGUGUGGUGGUUACCACACCUCUGCUGUCACAGGGGCGGGUCACCUAUUCACAUGGGGAGCGAACGAGUAUGGUUGCCUUGGACACGGCCCUCACCAUGCACCCUCGUCAGCAGUCCCAGUGAGGGUGGCAGGCAGGCUGGCAGGGAAGCAGGUGAUGCAGGUGUCGUGUGGGUGGAAGCACACUGCAGCUCUUGCUAGUGGUGCUGAUGAGGGUGAAGGGCAAUCAUUGCGGGCGGCAACAGUUGGCAAGCUGUACACGUGGGGUUGGGGCGGUUCCCAAGGAUCGCAUGCUGUGGAAUCAAGGUCCACAGGAGGCCAAUUGGGGCUCGGGAAUGAGUUUGAGUUCUUUGAACCGAUGCGGGUCUCACGCGGGGCGUUUGAGAAAACCUCUCAACAAGGCAAUAGCUUCUCCCGCGGGUCCAAGGACCGCGCUCAGACCACCCCCGCGUUCGAAUCCUUCAAGAACAACUAUCUUCUCGUGUACUGCCUCAUGAUGGCGGGCGAUUGGCUGCAGGGCCCGUACGUGUACGCGCUGUACCAGCACUACGGGUACGACAAGGGCGACAUCGGCCGCCUCUUCAUCGCUGGUUUCGGUUCCUCCAUGGUCUUUGGGACCAUUGUGGGAUCGCUGGCGGACAGACACGGGCGUCGCCUGGCGUGCAUCCUCUACUGCAUCACCUUCAUCCUCAGCUGCCUCACCAAGCACUUCCCGGCCUUCUCCAUCCUCGUGCUGGGCCGUGUGCUGGGCGGCAUCGCCACCUCGCUGCUCUUCUCCGCAUUUGAGUCCUGGCUUGUCGCUGAGCACUUCGCGCGUGGCUUUGAGCCACCCUGGCUCUCCAUCACGUUCUCUAAAGCCAUCUUCCUCGGAAACGGGCUUGUGGCGAUACUGUCAGGCCUGGUGGCAAACGUGUUGGUGACAGACCUCAACCUCGGCCCUGUGGCGCCCUUUGAUGCGGCGUCGGUGCUGCUGGCGGGGGGCAUGGCGGUGAUAGUGGGCACGUGGAGUGAGAACUACGGGGACUCUGAUCAGUCACACGGGCUGCUGCUGCAGUUCCAACUCGCAUACCAUGCCAUCGCCUCAGAUGAGAAGAUCGCCAUUCUAGGAGCCAUCCAGUCGCUCUUUGAAGCCAGCAUGUACACGUUCGUGUUCCUCUGGACGCCAGCGCUCGCCCCCUCACAGCAGGCCAUACCGCACGGCUUCAUCUUCUCCCUCUUCAUGCUCGCCUCCAUGCUCGGCUCGUCUCUCGCGUCCCGCCUCAUGGGCCGCGCGGGGUUGCGGGUCGAAGUGUACAUGCAGGCCGUGUUCGCUGUCUCUUCGCUGUCACUUCUCAUGCCCUGCAUCGUCAACUGGUUCCUGGAGCCCCACCCUCCCCCGGGAGGCGGCAUCACAGCAGGAGGCCGCGUGCAGCUAGCGGGCUUCUGUGUGUUUGAGGCGUGUGUGGGCGUCUUCUGGCCGUCGCUCAUGCGCAUGCGAGCACAGUACUUGCCCGAGGAGUCCCGCUCCACCAUCAUGAAUUUCUUUCGAGUACCCUUGAAUGUCUUCGUCUGCCUCGUGCUCUACCAUGUGCGAGCCUUCCCCAUGACGGCCAUGUUCCUCAUGUGCUCUCUCUUCCUCGUCGUCGCUGCUCUCCUGCAGCGCCGCCUGCUCCACCUCGCUCUCAGCGCCCUGCCCCAGGCCACAGCGAAUCAGACCCCGAGUCCCAUAGACUGGGAGCUCAAGGCACACAGCUCCGAUGGGGAACCACCUGGCCUGCUGCUGUGA